ACGUAUUGAAGUCCUCGGUGUUCCAGAGAAGAAGCUGCUUGUGAUGGAGACGUUUCUGGAGGUCGGGAGAGAGAAUGGUUGGCUGUGAGGUGCUGAAUCGGUGCUGAAUCGGUGCUGAAUCGGUGCUCGCUGGCUUUCAGGAGGCGGUGAAGGUGCCGUUUGGGGCCAAAUCUUUAGAUGCUGCCCUGUGCGUCCCUGCCGCCAUGUCGGACGCUCACACCGCCGUGAUCCUCACGCACGGAGCCGGGGGAGACAUGAACUUCAGUCAGCUGGUUUCUCUGGCUCACCAGCUGGCAUCACACGGUUUCCUGUGCCUGCGCUUUACAUGCAAAGGUUUGAACCUGGCUCACAGGCUGAAGGCGUACACUGCUGUGUGGGACUACCUGAAGUCACUGCAGAGGUUCACAGUAAAACGCGUCUUUUUUGGAGGCAGGUCGAUGGGGUGUCGUGCGGCUGCAGCUUUAGCUAGGCGACUGAGCGAGGAAUCCGAGGCUGCGGUGGAGGGUGUGAUCUGCUUGUCUUUCCCCCUGCACCCCCCAGGACAGACGCAUGCACACCGCCAACGGAGCGAAGAUCUAAGGGUGCUGCCGGCGCACACGCGUGUGCUGUUUGUGUCGGGCACUGAGGACGACAUGUGUGACAGGGUUCACUUUGACACGACGGUGAAAGAGAUGAAAGCUCAGGUUGAGAUUUUGUGGCUACGAGGAGGCAGCCAUGGACUGAAGGUGAAAGGCCGUUCUGAGGUGUCCGUGAUGGAGGAAGUGAACCUAAAAGUCAUCUCUUGGAUCAGGAAUCAGGCGGCACAGGCCCCUUAAUGUCCUCUCGUUAAAUCUGUUGCUUUUGUUCCAAUAAACGAUGGCAGUAUUUCACAGUGGGCGUCUGUGUGAACACACGGGGAGCUUUUAUUCUGCACAGUAUGUGAAAUCCGAAUCUUAAUGUGCAACAUGGUGAUGAAUGUUGAUAAAUCAGUCUGUGCAGACAUUACUCUUCCUCACACUUCCUCUCCAUAUUCAUCUGAAGUCAAAUCAAAUCACUU